CGAGCAAAGCGCAGACAGGUCCUGCACGUAAAAGCCAUGUGCGACCCGCGUCGCUGCCAGCUGACCACACGGCGCGGGCCCCCAUUGAUACCGCCAGCAGAUACCGUUCUGGGCAUUAGACGUUUAACAGAGAAAACCUCGACGGCGUUGGUGCGCAAGCAUUGAUUCUAGAACUUGGACCCGGUAGACAGAGGCAUUCAAAACACGACUGAGGAGAAGACCCACGAGCUUCCAGCUCACCUAUUCCAGGGAGAAAUCAAAUGCGAGUUUGCGAUUAUCCAGGUUUAUAGCAAUUGGGGAUAGAAAGCCAACGGCACGAAACACGUUGACAAAGCGUGCUUCUGGAAGAAAAAGUUCACUGAGCCGCAGAAGAUAUUGGAGAUUGGUGGGUAAAUAUUUGAUUUAAUGCGACUUUAAAGCGGGACUAGGCAAAUGCUACAGUAUCCACAUGCCGAAGAUGAGUUGCAGGUGGAGGCCGACCCACCCGGCACACGGUGAUGCGAUCAAGGGUUCGGGAGUUCGAGGCCGCAGACCUAGCAGCUUAAACGGAAACACAACGCCGAAAGAAAGACCCCAUCAAGAACUGGAGAUGGACAGCAAGGCCAGGCGAUGGAGCAGCGGAGAUAAAACCAAGGUGUGUCGGAGAGACAGGGAAAGAAAGACGCACGGGGCGCCGACGCUAGAAGCUCGUCAAGCCGAAGGCCCAGAGCCCACUGUCGGGGAUCGGGGCACCAUCGCUUCUGCAGUAAGCACAAAGAACGUAAUACUAGGAAAUCUAUAUGUAUAUUGUCAACGCAGCAAAGCAACUGAAAACACCUCAAACACCUUCUCGGCACACAGGGGUUCUCGACCCUCCAAGAAGCCUGCACACGCAUGCGAUGUCUGCUGUUACAGGGUCAACCCGUGGUGCUUAAUAUUGCAGCCGAGCGAGCCGGGGCACAUGCACCCUCCGUCGAUGCAACAGUCUACACAAAGCCAACGAUGUGCAGCUGAGCAACUUCCUGUCAAUCAGCCAACUACUCGGAAGUGUGUACGAUGCUGAGAAAAUACUUAACACUCCUGGUUAAAAACACCCCUGUCGAUAUUGUUGACGGCGUCGGUGAGACGGUAUCAUCGCUGCUGAAGUCACCUGUCCGCAAAGUGACGCAGUGCCAAUUCCUAGAUCAUAGGUGCAUGUUACUGCACGGUGAAUGGCGCUGUCGUCGGGGACUCCAACAUCGGACGGCUUCACUGUUUCAUACAUCCACACCGAAUAUGGUGCCGGUGAUAAACAGGGGACGAACCAGUUUCUCUCCCUUCAACUCUGGAACUCGAGGGGUGGCUUUCAGGUGAUUGGGUCCUCAGGUUUCCUCCCGAGGAAGUCGAAGGCAGUCACUUUUGCUCGACCCUGCAGUCCGCGUUAUGUAGUGAAAGUUCAAGGAAAUUUAGUUGUCGUUUGAGUCCCCGAAGGACGGGACAAGCGAAAUGGGCUGGUUGCCAGCCACAGAGAUCGCAUAUACUGAAGUGGUACCGUAACGUGAAUUCGCCGUCAAUAUACAAGUCAGGAUAGCACUGAACAUUCUCUGAUAGGUGCGACUGUCCACAGCGAC